AAAUUAAUUUCAGGUCAAGGAGGUGUGAAUCAAUUAGGGGGAGCUUUUGCUAAUGGAAAACCCCUGCCUUUCCAUGUCCGUUUAAGAAUUCUCGAACUUGCACUGUACGGAUACAGACCGUGCGAUAUUUCCAGGCAUCUGUUAGUAUCUCAUGGAUGUGUAUCUAAGAUACUCACCCGUUUCGCAGAAACUGGAUCCAUCCUUCCUGGAGCUAUUGGUGGAAGCAAACCCAGGGUAUCCACGCCUUUGGUGAUAUCGAAAAUUCGCCAAUAUAAAGACAACAAUUCAUCUCUGUUUGCAUGGGAAAUACGAGAAAAAUUACUCUUCGAAGGUAUAUGUCCUCAAGAUUCGUUACCAUCUGUGUCCUCCAUCAACAGGAUAUUAAGGAAGUCCUCAAAGACCCCAAUAAACAAAAGAUCAAGCUUGUCUGAUCACAGAGAACACCAAAAAAAUUCUACUAUUGCUGCAAAUGGCGAGGAAGAAUUCGCCAUGAUGCCAAAUAAAAAUCUUCAGAACUGUUUUAAUGAUUUCAAUUCAACAAUUACGGACGAUACCUGUUUCAGUGAAAAUACCUCCCGAGAAGAUAAUUUUUCAGGUAUCGCGUCUCAUUUGGAACAAAAUCAUAUUAAAAAAGACCAACAACGUAAAAGAACUUUUUAUAUUAAAGAUAUUUUGGAGCUGAAUACGUCGUAGAAUUGAUAUUUAAUAUUACAUAUUCUCCACUUGUUAAUUAAGCUAAUAUUGCAGAAA